AUGAAAAUAUCCAGGAAAAUACUUGGGGGACUCGUUCUCCAUGCAUCUGCCACACUGGUAUACAGUAAGUUAUUCCAGAAUAACUUAAUGGAUCAGGUCGUAAAUGCAGAUCUUCUGAAACCAAUCAAACUAGCAGCUGCAGAACCAAAUGCAAGUGCGCCUAAGACACCCCCACAGUCAGGGGCAGCACCAAAGCCACAAGCAAAGAAUGACACAGCCACUAAACCAGCAACAAGUAAGACCAAGACAUCAGCCACUAAACCAAAAACCAGUAAGACAUCCACUACUAAAUCAUCUACUAGUAAGACAAAACCAACAAGCACCAGCACAGCCAGCAAAGGAGGCAUUCUGGGCCUAUUUGGGGGAGGAUCAAAUGCAACCACAACAAGCAAACCAACCACAAAGAGCACAGAGUCAUCAGGAGGUGGAAUAUUCGGGUUAUUUGGGGGAGGAAAGGCAAGUUCAAGCACGUCAAAACAAAAGACAGCUAGUAGUAAGACAGCUAGUAGUAGUAAGGCAGGCAGUAAGACAGCUAGCAGUAAGACACAAAGUAGUAAGACACUGAGUGAUAGUAAGACAGCUAGCAGUAAGGUACAAAGUAGUAAUACAGCGAAUAAAAAGAGUGCAUCAAAGGAGUCUGCGUCUGCCUCCCUGGGGAAAAGUACAAGUGCACAUAGCAAGAGUAUAUCCCCUAGUAGUAUUAGUAAGAAUAUAUCCAGCAGUAAAUCAGUACACAUUAGUGCAACAGGAAGUGGUCACAGUGCAUCUCUGAAUGGUGCAUCAAAGUCAGUUAGUAUUGGGGCUAGUAGUGCAGGAAUUAGUCAGAGUAAGACUGUCUCUGCGAAUAUUUCUCAGUCUGCAAAUAUAUCUACCAUAACAAGCAUAACAGGCUGCAAGUCAGAAGAUAUCAAGAAUGCCAUGAAGGUCACGAAUGCACAGCAAAUCACAAAUAUUGCAGUGUACUUCUCAGCAGACUGCAACUGCUACAAGGAUGCAGAGGGUACUUUACAAAUGAAAAUGGUAAAUGGUUCAAUUAUUGAUGAGUCUGGGAUGUUCAAAGGACAAGAGUGCGGGUGUAAAUCAGCACAGGAAAUAAAACAAAAAGCAAAAUUAACGGAAACAGGAUUCUAUCAGAUAAAUAUAUCAGAUGCAGAAGCAGCAAAGCAAGCAGGUUCCAUGAAGUUAGUGUCAAAUCAACUAUCCGUCAGUGGGGCAGCACAAGCAAACUACUCAGCAUCCAUGGGGAAAACAGUCUCAGUGCAGGCAAUGGCAACAGGAGCAGUAGUAGGCGGGGCAGCAGCAGGUGCAGUAGCCGGAGGGGCAGCAGGUGCCGCAGUAGGCGGGGCAAGUGCAGAUGCCUCUGCUGGAGCCAGUGCAGGCGCAGACGCUUCGGCUGGAGCUAGUGCCGGUGCCGGUGCUACAGCGGAUUCUAGUGCUGGGGCUGCUGCAGGCGCAGACGCUUCGGCUGGAGCUAGUGCAGGCGCGGGUGCUGCAACAGACGCUAGUGCAGGUUCAGCAGCGGAUGCAUCAGCUGGAGCUAGUGCGGGCGCAGAUGCUUCGGCUGGAGCCAAUUCAGCAGCAGGAACAGACGCUAGUGCAGGAGCUGCAACAGGAGCAGAUGCCAGUGCGGGUGCAGGUGCUGCAACAGAUUCUUCUGCUAGUCCAUCAAUUAGUCCAUCUGGCAGUAUACCAGAUACUACACCAUUAGCAUCUCCAUCUAUGCCUAGUGAUAAUUCACUGCCUUUGACUGCACCUGCAGCACCAGCAGCUUCAUCUGCAGUGCCAGUGCAGCCUGCGAAUAAUCCACUGCCUGGGGGAUGCACUGGUGCUACGUGCUAUGAUGUCAUCAGGUACUUUAAGAUAAAAGUACCGCAGCCUGUGGUUAGGUCUGUGACUACAACUGUCCUGGCUACUGUCACUCUGCCAACUACAAUACUGCAGCCUACUACAGUCAUACAAUCUACUACUGUAGUGCAACCUACUACUGUAGUACAGCCUACUACUGUUAUGCAGGAGAUUCUUAAGACUAUUUCAGUUGAUAAACCUGUUACAGUAAUGCAGCCUGUUACGGUAGUGCAGCCUGUCACGCAGACCUCAAUUGUGCAGCAAAUAAAGACACUUGAGGUGCCUAAGUCAAUGACAAUUACGGAAGUAAAGACAACCACAGUGCACCAUACAGUGCAGACUGUAGUGGAAGCAAGUAAGGCACCUGUUACAGGCCAACCUGCAGGACAAAUUGGCAUGUGCCAUGUGGGACAAAUAUGCAACAUAGAACAGCAUGUUGAAUAUAAAACAAUUCCCAUCUCCAUUGAUACAUCUUCAUUUGUUGAAGAAUUAUGUCCUUGCGAGAACUCCUUCUGCUUAAACCCGUGUGUACCCAUGAUUGACACAGGAUCAAUACAAGGACACAUUCUGGCACAAGGGCCUUCUUCUCAAAUGAGGGCAUCUAGUGCUGGAAUAUCUUCAUAG